UCGGGGAAGUGUGAACCUGGGAUAUUGAGGUUAGACAACUUGGUGCAUGUUUCAUUAUGUCAACCGAUAAAUAUGUCUCAAAUGUCACAAAGAAGAUAUCUGAUAUGGAGGUGGACGAAACAGGAAAAAAGUUAACACAUAAAGAGAAGAAAAAAUUAAAAAAACAACAAGAAUAUGAAAAAACGAUCGAAAUGUUAACGAAGACCGGUGGUCAGGGUCACAGUGACCUGGAUAAAAAUUUCACGCUUUCUCAGACUCAAAGUCAGAAACAUAGUAAUCAACAAUUAGAAAAUGCCGUUGAUAUUAAGGUCGAAAAUUUCAGUAUUGCUGCAAAAGGAAAAGAAUUAUUUACCAAUGCUAGUUUGAUAAUUGCACAAGGCAGACGUUAUGGACUAAUAGGACCAAAUGGUCAUGGAAAGACUACUUUACUUCGUCAUAUUGAAAAACGAGCAUUAGCAAUUCCUCCAAACAUUGAUGUUUUAUAUUGUGAACAGGAAGUUAUUGCUGAUGACACUCCAGCUGUGGAAGUAGUACUUAAUGCUGAUGUAAAAUGUAAAGAAUUAAUGGCAGAGUGUAAAAAGUUAGAAGAAUUGGUAGAACAAGGGGACACUUCUGUGCAAGAUAGAUUACAAGAGGUGUAUGAAGAAUUAAAAAAUAUUGGUGCUGAUUCUGCAGAACCACGUGCUAGAAGAAUUCUAGCUGGUCUAGGAUUUAACCGUGCUAUGCAAGACCGUGCAACAAAAAAUUUUUCUGGCGGUUGGCGUAUGCGUGUUUCUCUUGCUAGAGCAUUAUUCUUAGAACCAACAUUACUGUUACUUGAUGAACCCACAAAUCAUUUGGAUUUAAAUGCUGUUAUUUGGCUGGACAACUAUCUACAAGCUUGGAAAAAGACUUUGCUUAUUGUUUCCCAUAAUCAGAGUUUCUUAGAUAAUGUGUGUACAGAUAUAAUCCAUUUAGAUCAACAAAAGUUAUUUUAUUACAAAGGAAAUUGUAGUAUGUUUAAGAAAAUGUAUGUACAAAAGAAAAAAGAAAUGAUUAAAGCAUAUGAAAAGCAAGAAAAAUUGCUUAAAGAUUUGAAGGCUUCUGGUCAAAGUAGAAAACAAGCUGAAAAGAAGCAGAAAGAAGCUCUAACUAGAAAGCAGGAAAAGAAUAGAACAAAAAUGCAGAAACAAGAAGAAGAUAGUGCACCCACGGAAUUGUUACAAAAGCCUAGAGACUAUAUAGUGAAAUUUAGGUUUCCUGAACCACCCUCAUUACAACCACCAAUCCUUGGCCUACAAAAUGUGACUUUUGCAUAUGAAGGCCAGAAAGAAUUAUUUAUUGAUGUCAAUUUUGGUAUAGAUUUAAGUUCUAGAAUAGCUAUUGUGGGACCUAAUGGCGUCGGUAAAUCUACGUUUUUGAAACUGUUAACUGGUGAAUUAGAACCACUGAAAGGAGAAUUAAUAAAAAAUCAUCGAUUAAGGAUAGGAAAGUUCGAUCAACAUUCUGGUGAACACCUAACUGCUGAAGAGUCUCCAGCAGAAUAUUUGAUGAGAUUGUUCGAUUUGCCUUAUGAGAAAGCUAGAAAACAGUUAGGGACAUUUGGUCUUAGUUCUCAUGCACAUACAAUUAAAAUGAAAGAUUUGUCAGGGGGUCAAAAGGCGCGAGUCGCUUUAGCCGAAUUGUGUUUAAACGCACCAAAUGUUGUAAUUUUAGACGAACCUACAAAUAAUUUAGAUAUAGAAUCCAUUGAUGCCCUAGCCGACGCUAUCAAUGAUUACAAGGGCGGAGUUAUUAUCGUCUCUCAUGAUGAGCGACUAAUUAGAGAAACUGAAUGUUAUUUGUAUGUAAUCGAAAAUCAACAAAUUAAUGAAAUUGAUGGAGAUUUCGACGAUUAUAGGAAAGAAUUGCUAGAAAGUUUAGGCGAAUUAUAUAUAUAUAUAUUAGUUUUACAAAUUUUUAACACACUUCAGCAUUCACGGUUAAUGGGUAGGUAUUAA